UCAGGAAGCGCCGGCCCGGAGCCGUCAGAAAAAUGUCCGCGUUCCACGAUGAAGUGGAGCUCGAGGACUUCGAGUACGACGAGGACACGUGCGCGUACUACUUCCCGUGUCCGUGCGGGGACCGCUUCGUCAUCACGGAGGAGGAUCUGGAGAACGGAGAGGAGGUGGCCACGUGUCCCAGCUGCUCACUCAUCAUCAAAGUCAUCUAUGACAAGGAGGCCUUCAUGUCUGGAGAAACCAUCCAGGCGCCGCUGGAGCCCAAACUGGAGCGGGCCCAGUCCUAAGGGGCGGAGCUUUUAACCAAGGCUGACUUAGACACACCUGGAGGGAACGCUUCCACUGAACCAGCAGCCAGGGUUCUGCAGACCGGUUCUCAUGAGGAGCAUGCGGUCUGACGCUGAAGAUGACCCCACAACGCCGCCAUGACAGACGCCGCGCACCUGAACACGAAGGGGGAUGAGCGUGCUCAGAAGGUGUAAAGUCAUGUGACCUCACACCUCUGAAGAUCAGAAGACUGAACUGCAGAGGAGCCAGAUCUCCAGGAUCUGCUUCGCCCUCUGGUGGUGAACUGAUGAAACUGCAUGAAGAAAAACGUGACUGAAAAAUUAAAUAAGUUAAGAAAUUUUUUAUUGA